UUGCUUGUAAUAACAUGGUGAAAUCUGGAAAGCUCCGAUCCGGAGCAGCGCAAAAAGUGAAGCGAUGGAAAAAAGGACAUAGUAGUGAUUCAAACCCGGCGACAAGUCGGUUUCGACAGGCUGCCAGGAGUCGAUUCUUCAGCCGGCCUUCAGAGAAAAGUGACCUUACUAUAGAUGCAUUGAAACUUCACAAUGAGCUUCAAUCGGGUCGUUUGGAGAGUAGCAGAGAUGGAACCGGAGAGUCGAUGGAGGAACCCGCUCUGUCAGAGAGAACUAGCGGAACGUUUCUUAGCGGACUCUCAGACUGCUCCAACCUCACGUUCAGGAAAGUCCAGCGGUACUGGGAGUCGAAUUCUGCUGCACACAAGGAGAUCUGUGCUGUGUUGGCUGCCGUGACAGAGGUCAUAAGAGCCCAGGGAGGGAAAGAGACGGAAACAGAGUACUUUGCUGCUUUGAUGACGACCCUUGAGGCAGUGGAAUCGAGUGAGUCACUGGCAGCAGUCGCUUAUCUCCUCAAUUUAGUCAUGAAAAGGGUGCCUGGCCCAGUGCUGAAGAAGAGGUUCUCAGACACCGCCAAAGCUUUUAUGGAUAUCCUGUCGGCUCAGUCCAGCGCGGACUCCGUCUCCUGCUUACGCUGGAUUUUGUCGUGUUUGGCCACCCUGCUCCGGAAACAGGACCUGUCAGUGUGGAGCUACCCCUCUACCCUGCAGAUUUACCAUGGGUUACUGAGUUUCACUGUGCACUCCAAACCAAAGGUCCGUAAGGUGGCACAGCAGGGCAUCUGUGCCAUCCUCCGUGGCAGUGACUUUCUGUUUGGGGACGAUGCCCCCGAUCAUCACCCAGCGGCCGUGACGACAGCCAAAUUCUGCAGCAAAGAGAUAGAACAAGCAGGAGGCAGUAAAGAAGACACCACGACACUUCAUGUCUUAGGGCUUCUGAAGGACCUGCUGCCAACGUUCCCGCUAAGCUCUGUGAAGUCAUGCUGUGAGACCUUGCUUCGAGUCAUGACCCUGAGUCACCUGCUGGUGACAGCUGGAGCCAUGCAGGCCUUCCACCAGCUCUUCAGCAGCAAGCCCAAACCUACCACCAUGUCCGCCGAGCUUAACGCCCAGAUUAUCACGGCUUUGUAUGACUAUGUUCCCAGUGAGAAUGAUCUGCAGCCACUGUUAGCAUGGCUGGCCGUUAUGGAAAAGGCCCAUGUCCACCUGUCCAGUCUGCAGAGUUCUCUGAGUCUGGGUCAUCUCCCUCGACUUUUCUCCACGGCCAUGUCCUGCCUGCUUUCCCCGCACACGCAGGUCGUCUCCGCGGCAACACAGACGCUCAAAACCCUGAUUACUGAGUGUGUGGCCCCACACAUGACUGACAUUGGCACAGUAUUACCCAGUGCUUCGUCUGGAAAUGCAGGUUAUAUCUGCAAAAUGUUCCGUGUUGUGGAGGAAGGGCUGUCCUAUCGUUUCCAUGCGGCCUGGCCGUUUGUACUGCAGAUCCUUGGUUGCUUCUACAGAGCCGCGGGGAAACAGGCCCAUCCCAUUAUGACAAAGAGUCUGCAGGCUCUCAGUGACCUGCGUGCCACCCCCCAAUUUCCCUUCUCUGGGGAGCUGGAUCUGGCUGUAGGGGGCGCCGUAGAGAGCAUGGGGCCAGAGGUCGUCUUAAAUGCCGUUCCUCUGCUUAUCACAGGCACAGAUGAUGACCUGGAGUUUCCCAGGAGUUGGCUGAUCCCUGUCAUCAGAGAUCACGUGAGCAACACUCAGCUAGGGUACUUCACCUCAUACUUCUUACCCCUGGCGACUGUACUCAGACAGAGAGCUGAGGAGUUUGAGAAGGCAGGACAGAAACUGGAGGCAAAAGUAUACCAGACACUGCAGUUACAGAUCUGGACCAUGCUGCCCGGGUUCUGCACCAAGCCCACUGAUCUGGCGGCCUCCUUUAAGGGCGUGGCCAGAGCGCUGGGCGUGGCCAUCAGCGACCGCCCUGAUCUCCGCCUUUACGUCUGCCAGGCACUGAGAGUUCUCAUUACCAAGAGCUGCGAGACAGAUGAAGAGAAGGCAGAAGUGGGUCGCUUUGCCAAGAACUUCCUUCCCAUCCUGUUUAACGUUUACACCCAGCAGCCCACGGCGGGAGAGGUGGCCACCGCCAGGAUGGCCGUGCUGGACACCGUCAGAGUUUAUCUGACCGUAACGGAGCAGCAGAUGGUGUGCACAUUCCUGCAGAAAGCCACAGAGAGACUCAAUAACGCAGACAGCUCUGACUUCACACGUCUUGCAGUGAUGGAUCUGGUUGUGGCGAUGGCUCCAUUUGUGGAUGAGACUUCCAUGACUAAAACAUUUGAACUCAUUAAACCAUAUCUAGAAAGAAAGGAGGCUGGCAUUCAGAAGAAGGCCUACAGGAUACUGGAGGAGAUUUGCGGUGGCGAGAGAGAGCCCUGUAAGAUGUUUGUCCACAAUAACCUGGAGCAGCUGAAAACCUUGCUGCUGGACAACCUAAAAUGUGCCUCUUCUCCCGCCAAGAGGCCCAGACUGAAAUGUCUUAAUCACAUAGUGAAACAACUGAAUGAAGAACAUAAAGAAUUCAUCAUUGCACUUCUCCCAGAGGUCAUCGUUUGCACGAAAGAGAUGUCUGUCGGCGCCCGUAAAAAUGCCUACAACCUCUUAGUCGAGAUAGGCAAUGCUUUCAUUCGAUUCUGUGGUAAUUCUAAAGAGGCCAUGGAGCAGUAUUUGGGACAUGUUUACUUAGGUCUUACGGGUUCUGUAACCAUGAUAGCCUGCACAGUUCUGGCCCUGACAAGAUUAGUUUUCGAAUACAAAGGUAAGCGGCACGUCCUGUCCCUGGAGCAGCUGCUGCAGAACGUUUGUCUCCUCCUCACCAGCAGGACGCGGGAGAUCGUCAAAGCCAGCCUGGGCUUCAUCAAAGUCAUCCUCUUCGUGCUGGAUGUGAAAGUUCUAGCGAGUCAUGUGAACAUCUUGAUGGAUGGUAUCACCCAAAUGAAGGAGGACAUGCGAAGGCAUUUCAGGUUGAAGCUAAAGGUCGUUCUCACUAAACUCAUCAGAAAGUUCGGGUUUGAGCUGGUGAAGAGCAUGCUUCCUCCUGAACAUCACAAAGUCCUGGCCAACAUUCGUAAAGUGGAGGCUAGAACCAAGAGACGAAAAGAGGUGAAGAAGAAUGAAGAGGAGGAAGGCUCAGAGAGUGAAGACGAUGUUCCCAAAGCCAAAACGGAGAGUAUUGAGGAUAUUCUGGCUGAAUCAGACUCUGACUUGGAGGAUGAGAAACCGAAGAAGGGUCAGAAGAAGGGGGCCAAACAGAAGGGUCAGGCCUGGCUAAAAGAGGGCGUGGCUGACGAACCCCUCAACUUCCUGGACCCCAAGGCUGCCCAGAGAGUCCUGGCCACUAACCCAGAUCUGAAGAAGUCUGGAAAAGUUCAACAUAAUUUCAAGAUGACGUCAGACGGACGUUUGAUCAUCCGAGAGGAGGACAAGGAGGAUGAUAAAACCAAAGAUGCUGACCGAGAAAUGGAUGACAUUUUGGAGGAAGCCGGAGUCAAGAGUAAAAAGACUCAAAAGAGGAAAAUGGAUGAUGACCUAGAUGAUGACAUGGAAAUCGAGCCCCAGUUGAAAUACAAAGCCGGAGGCUCUGGGAUUCAUAGACCGCUGGGAGGAAGAGGAGAACUGGGCGAGGAUUACAAGUCUAAGAAAGGAAAAGGUGAUGUGAAGAAGAAAGGCAAGGCAGACCCAUACGCAUACAUCCCUCUGAAAAAGGCUCAACUCAACCGCAGGAAAAAGGCCAAACUGCAAGGGCAGUUCAAAGGAAUGGUCAGAGGGGUGAAGAAGGGGGCGCUGUCUGGAAAAAGAAUGCAGAAGAACAAGAGGAAGGCCUGAGACACGCACACGCACACACACAUGCACGUGCAGUGCAGUCACACACUACAGUGUGGCUUAGAGAAAAAUGAACUGGUUUAGUCUGUCUAAAGGAGACAGUGGCAGACAUGCUGUCCGAGGAUAUGAUCAUCUGAUCCUUUGUUAUCUUUGGCUUAUUGAAUUUAAAAAAAAUGCCCUCCACCCUGUUUGAUGUCUGUCGCUCCAUUUCGGCCUUGCAGUCAACUGAGGGUAUUAGAUAUUACCUCCCGUGGAAGUUCCUCUUUCAGUAUGCUUGCACCUCUCUGUUAGGUUGGACUGGAAGAACAGAUUCACGGAGGUUUUGUGUUAUGAUUAAUGUAUUUAUGUGUUCUAAAUGGUAUGGAAAAUAAAUG